AUAAUAUUCAAUUUUGAAUCGCAAUAUGCGCACGCAUUGUUAGGGUUAGGUUGAACUUAUGACGUGCGCGAUCUGUGCAAUAUAGUUGCGCGUCUUCAACGUUAAUUAUUGUCUUAUUAUUGCUUGCGGGCGUCGGCGAAAAUUUUACUUUUGGCUUCUCAAUGUACUUUAUGGAAAAGGGGAGAAACAUGAACUGAUCGUUAACUGUAAUUCAAAGUUGAAAUUAUUAUUUGCGAUCUCGAAAUAACAGCGUACGACCAGCUAGUUAGUGUAUCAGCUUUGUGCUUGUCUAUCAUCAUGUCCAUUCGUCGUAGGACUGAUCCUUUCAUGACACAACGAAUAUGGGAUGCUAUCAAAAUAACUGUACAUCAGAGAAGUUUACCAAAUAAUGAUCGCAUGGUACGACAUUUAGCUCGAGUUUAUGGAAUUACAGAACAAGAGGCCCAAGAAGAAUUAAAUAAAGCAGUAUAUGAUGGACUUGUUAAUUUAAAGAAAGUACCAACAAAAAAUGGUAUAGAACAAGAGAGUUACAGAUUACCAUCAGAUAUUAUACCUAAUGAUGGUCACGAUUGGUAUUGCUACAAAUGUCAAAAAGCAGGAACUGUAGAAUGUUGUCAACAAUGUCAUAGAGUUUAUCAUCCUGAAUGUCAUGUAGCUAGUAACAUUAAAUUGAAAAUAUGUAAUUUUUGUGAACAAUAUUUGUUACAGAACAUAAAUAAUGAUACAUAUCCGGACAAAAUUGAUCUCAACCACAUUCUGAAUUUUACUUGUGGUCAUUUGAAAGCAAAAUUACCACCAGAAAUUACAAAUCGUACUAUCGUUUUUAACAAUGAUCCUAUUGUUACACCAAGUAAUAGAUAUUCAGGCACAACUUAUACUAGUGAAGGAGAAGAUGCAUGGCGUCCAGGUGUUCUUAUAAAACACCACAUGGACUUGGCAAUCAUGGAUUCAAAAAUUAAGAAAAAUGAAUAUAAUAAUCUUGCUGAGUUUCAAGCUGAUGCACACAACAUACUACAUAAUAUCAUUGUAUAUCAUGGAGCUCAUAGCAUAAUAGGAGAAAUGGGUAAUACAAUGUAUCAAGAUUGCUGCUACGAUCUUCAAGAAAUUCGCCGCUGUGCCGACUGCUAUAGGAUAUCAAAUGAAAAAUCAGAGAAACUGUGGUUUUGUAUACCCUGCAAUCCACCACAUCAAUUAGUUUAUGCAAAACAAAAAGGAUACCCCUACUGGCCAGCUAAAGUGAUGCAAGUUAACGGCAAUAUUUAUGAUGUCAGAUUUUUUGGAGGUCAUCAUAUGCGUGCCAACAUCGAACAAAUGUUCAUUCGUCCGAUUACCACCAGUCUGCAAAGUUUACAGCCUUCGGAAAAAGGAAAGUGGAAAGAAAUGAAGAUAAAAAGAUCCACUGCUUGGAACAGAGCAUUUGAUGAACUGAAGCAUCAUCAGAAUUUGCUGCUAAAGUUGGGCAAGAGCAUCGAGGAUUUGAACAUCGACGACGGUGGCGAGGGUCCAAAACCAACUAAAAUCCGAAAUAUAGAGUCAUCAAGUUCAAAAAAUACAACGGGAAGUCCAGGCAAACAACUUUUUAAGGAUUUAAGGGUUAAAGUAGAACGUCUCAGUUCGGAUGGUCAUAAUGAUGUACCACCAAACCAGGAAGAAACCGUACAUAAUGAAAAUUCUUCAAAAACUAAAGCUAAAAGCGAAGAAAGACAAGUACCCUGUUUGCCAGUGGCAGAAGAUGAACCUGCAAGAGAGAUAUGCAGUACGUGUCCUCAAGGCUUGAAGAAAGAAGGUUCUCAAGAAGAUAUGGUUACAUCUAGCUCUCAAGAACCAAGAACAAAAUGUGUUCUCAUACAGACGGAACAAAUACAAACAGAAACAGUACCUGCAAAGAUAAAAAGGGAACGGAGAACAUCGGAGCAACCUACCACUACAGCAUUGGAAAAGCUACGUCGUGAAUUAGAACUGGAGAAAUGCAAAGAAUUGGAAAAAUUACAAGCCGAACAUGCUAAAGAAUUACGACAAUUAAAAGAUAGACACCAACAAAUUAUAUCGGAAAUAAAGAAGAAACAAUGGUGCUAUAAUUGUGAAGCUGAAGCAAUAUAUCAUUGCUGUUGGAAUACCGCAUAUUGCAGUACUGAUUGUCAACAAGUCCAUUGGCAGCGUGAGCAUAAAAGAGUUUGCCGACGCAAACGUUAGAUUGAGGUGCAAUAAGUGCGAUGAUAUUACAAAAUUUAUGAGAAAGAAAUU